UCCGUGUGCGGACAGUGUGCGUCGGACAUGAGCUCGGACUGCGAAAGUUACUACAGCAAAGAAAACGUGUUCGUGGAGGGCUUCACGUGUCCGAAGGCGGACAGUGACACCACGGCACUUUUCUGCUGCGGGUUCAGUGACCUGAAGUACUGCUGUGAUGACCCCAACAGCUUCUUUCCCUACGAGUAUGGAUACAUGUGGUGGUUGAGUCUUGGAGCUCUUGUGGGUCUCUCCGUAGCAGCCGUGGUUCUUCUCGCCUUCAUUAUCACUCUCUGCGUCCUCUGCUAUCUGUUCAUCACCACUAAACCCAGAGGUCUGGACAACGGGCUGCCGCUGCGGGCGCCAGGCUCCACAUCGAGUCCACAAGGACCGGGUCCGAGUCAUACCGGCGUCCCUGCUGGCCCUCAAGGCCUCAGGAAACACUUCCUGAGGGGCAAGCUGGACUGUGACAACCAGCCCCCGGACCCUGAUCGCCUUUUCCAGCGUUGCUUCAUGGCUACUGUGACGUCUAUCAACGUGGAGGGUCCUGCAUAGACGGGGACUAUUUGACCUGCUCCAAGCCUCUGCAAGCUUUCUUAUUAU